AUGGGGGACCGGGAGGCUGAGCCCACCCUGUCACGGACAGAGCUAGAGGAGAUCACCAGCAAAAUUUCAGAUCUAAACAAAUGGAGAGAAAUUUUUAGUUUCCGUGGUUUGGAAAGCAACAAUUCAACUCAUCAGCCAGGCCAGGCCAGCAGCAGCAAUGGACUACCUGGAGAUGGAGACCCCAUGGGGCCACAGCCACCUCUGCCCCCCACCGCCGUCCCCAAGCCCCUCCUGGUCCCUCCAGACACAGGUGGCCGACCCAUCUCCUUGGAAAUGGCAAUGAGGCUGCGAAAGCUGCUGUUUGGAAACACGUCCCACCUCUUCAGCUGUGAAUGGGCACAAGCGUACUUCAGGUUCCGCGAGCCGUACUCUGACCUGGCCUAUGCUUUAGAGGCAGAAAAGGGGGGAACAAGAGCUAUUCUGAUGGCUGUACAAGCACACAUCAUUAAAUACCUGCUCUUCAUAAGAAACACAGAAUAUACUCACCUGGAAAGGCUGUGCAGGACAAGCCAGCGGGAGCAAGGGGAGGCACUGGCUGUGGCCCUGGCAGACACCCUGUGGGCAGCAGGAGGAGGUGGGAGCGCCGUGAUCUGCCUCCUCACCCCAACCCUCCACCUCGUGCCAAAUGGAGACUACAGACCCGACAGCUUCACGGAAAGAAUCCAGCUGUUUGAGUUCUUUGAGAAAGCAGCAGCUCAGGAGUUCAUCUUUGACCAUAUAAACUGUUUCAAAGGCGAAGGAAGUCAUGGAGUGAUCCUAUUUUUAUACAGUUUACUUUUCUCUAGGACACUGGAAAGGGUCCAAGAAGAUUUAGACAGCACGGCAACUCCUCUGUUAGACAUCAGUUUUGGAAACAUCACCUGUACACAGGCCAUGCUCAGCCUCCUCCUGACGGGCCGGGCCAGCCCGCGGGAGCUCGAUGGUGGCCAGGAGCUGGGUCGUGGAGGUGAGGCAUGGUGGCGGCGUGGCCCGGUGGGCUACCUGUGCUGGGACAGGGCACAGGCAGAGCGGCAGGUGUGCCGUGGGCUGAGGACACCCCAGCUGCCCAUCUGGCUGUGCAGCCUCUCCGGCAGGCACAGCGUCCUCUUUGGCACUGACAGUCGGCUCCUCUCCGACUGGAAAACGGAGAAAGUUUUCCACCUGUACUUCUAUAACGGGCAGUGGGAGCAGAGGAAAACAGCCCAUCUAACAAUAGACACUCAUUCGCACCCCUGGGAAGAGGACCCAUGUGAAGACCCAAGCACCCCAGGGAAGAGGCGUCCUCCCUUGGAGAUGGCCAUCAGGACCAAGUGGGCAGGAGCAACUGUCAGCUGGAACGGGACAGAGCCCUUCUUCUGAGGAGUCUCAGCAUUCCCCGCUCACCACUGACCCCACCAAACACCACAGUCUGCAGGAGGAAAAAUGCUUUCACCAAGAAAACAGCCUUUGUCACCCUGAGCCCUGUUUGCCAAGAUGUCACACCCACUGCGAAGCCUGUGCCGGUGAGGAACAGUCAUUAGCGACGGUGCCUCACCACACACUUUUUCCAGCUGGUUGGAUGCAGGUUCCUCUGCUUCCCACGACAGCUGGCAGAAAAAGGAAAGAGGGCGGCAAUUUGCUUUCCUCCCGUGCCAGGCAGAGAUGUUAAAGAAAUCAAGGUGUCUCUUAAGACUGCAGUGGAAGCGAAAUCAAUAUCGAGCAUCGACAAUACCGUGUACAUCUAAUUUAUUUAAUCCAGUGUGUGCAUCUAAUUUAUUUAAUCCAGUCUGCGCAACUAAUUUAGCUGUUUUCAAUAAGCUAAAUAAUCUGGUUUCCUCCCAGA